UCAUAAAUCUUUCUUCAUACAAUAACGAAACUUAGGUUUCAAUAGUAACGAAACUAAAAUAAUUGCACAAAAGUAAUUUAAAAGAGAAAGCGUAUAAUUAGUCUGCCAUUCACUGACAGCUAAGAAGGACGUUUAACAGAUCCAGCCAGGAUGAGAGCAUAUAUAUUACUUUUCGCAUUCUUGGUUUUCAUCUAUUCGUCAUCUUCCUUUCGACUAAGAAGAAGAACCUUCCGUCGAUUCAGAUUUAGCAUUCGAAGAUUGGAUAACUGUAUGAAGAAAGCUUUGUUCGGGUUUAGAAAGACAGAGUUUUUGAAGAACACUGAAUAUAACGUUUGUAGCAGAAAAUAUUCCAAGGAUGAAUAUUUGAAAGCAAUUAACCUGAAGAAUAUUAUUGAUAAAUCUGCUAAAAAGUACAUUGAAAACCAUCAAACUUGUUCAGCAUCACACAAACAUUUACGUAAUUACUUCAAACGAGAUUUGGCUACCGUUCAAAGAAAAUUUUCACACAUUUUUGGAACAAGGGUUACAGAGUUAUAUUGUAAUGAGAAAGGACACGAAGAAAUGAAUACAUUAUCCAUGUGCAGGGAAUGCGCAUAUCGCAUAACCUUACCAGAAUCAUAUUAUCCACGAUUCCAUUUUCACUUUACUUGUGACAAUGCUGGAAAUUACGCUUGUUUGAUUGGAGAAGGCACGUGUACAGAAAAUGUUUCGCGUAAAACUAUCUUAUUCGACAAAGAUGAGGUCGGCUUCGACAAUUUAAAUCGAUGGAAAAAUCGCCAGAUUGAUUUUACUAAUUCCUGCUCCUGUCAGAUAAUUAAAAAUAGUAUGUUCGCUCGAUAUGUUUGACAUAUUUUCUGUGUUUGUAGGUAGUUUAUUUGGGUUAUUUGCCUUAUUUCUUUGUAAUACAGUCCAAUUAUUUAGGAUUAAAUAAUAUCGAAAUACAAGUUCUUGAUUUA